AUGACCCCAGUUGUGUCGCAUGGCCUGGUUAUUCUAUCAGAUGAAAUCAUAGUGAAAAUCUUGCACUCCUGUAGAUACCUGGAGAUAUUACAAUUCGCUAUAACAUGCAAGCGGCAUCAUAGCAUUGUAGCGGAGACAAUUAGCUUGCAGCUUCAGAUCGAGCUGGAGCUGAAUAACCUGGAAGUUGUUACCGGCUCAGGGACAUUUGGCUCGAACUAUGCUCUGAUACUGGAAGAACUUAGACGGUACCGCAACGCAUGGCUGGACCUUGACAUUGGUGGUCCUCUUCAGAAAUCUAUGAACGGACAAAUGGUAAAAUGGAAGCUUAGCGAAGGUUAUUACGUCGCAGUCAGCCUUGGAAGGGCGGACGAUUUCGGUCCCCACUCGCUCCAAUCUAUCCCUCUGAGUGACUCAGUCCCACGCGAUCCUCUGAGCUUCAAGCGGCCAUUCCAUGAGUUCUACGUUGACUAUGCACAAGACUUGGUCGUUCUAGCCAAUGUAAAAAUGCAAAACAAGCAAUAUGGCCAAAUAGAACUCCUCUCAGCAGAAACCGGAUUAUUCCAUCCACUCGCACGAUGCCCCUUGCUUAUCUUACGGGUCGACUUCAAAAUCAACUUCAUACGCUACGAAACAUUCUUCUUGAGUGUUAUGCACAACCUGCUCGCCAUCCAAAUCGACGAUGAUCGCACACCCAGUUACGAGCUCUUGAUAUUUGAUUGGAAAUUAGGUACUCUAAUUAACCGAAUAAGACCUAAUUCUGGAUGUGGUAUGAGCGACUUUGCCUUCCUUGACAAAGAUCGACUUGUUUUGGUAUCCGGUCCAGUUAAUGAAAGCACUGGUGACUUGGAAGAAGUCAAACUCAUGAUAUAUAAUAUAUAUUCCCAGACUCACAUAUCAAUGCCUCUUCUGAAUUCACGCACUGGGCCCAUAUUACGACUCACAGAUGUGGCUCAAUCCAACCCAAUAGCAACUUUCGAAUUUCCGGAAAUAGACGAUCGUUAUGGGCUCAGCAACUCCCUACAAUUGCGAGCAGGGCCAGUCCCGGGUUACACCACCUAUUCAAAAUCAGUAGGAUUCGCUCAUCCACAUGUCUCGACGCUGUGUCUUCCCCUCAUCCUUGAAGAUUUAUCCGAGGAUUCCAUAGAAGAUAUCACGUUCAAGAUUUUCGUCGACGUUGAACGACUGCUUCGAUGUAUGGAAAACGACUCUAGCGUGAUACCUUGGUCCAAAUGGGGCCCACAUACGACCCGAUGGUUCUUGGACGAGAACCGAGUAGAUACCUGGUCUCGCUUCAUGUCUGGAUUUAGAUACAUCAGACUUGAUACCGGGGGGUUCUUGCGCCCUCUAUAUGAUCUAUCUGUCUUUGACUUCAACCCCUGGAACGCCCGUCAGAGGGACACAGACUACCUUGGAACCGCAGAAUAUCGGGACGAACUCAAAGAGGUGGUAUCAAAGGGCACGAGGCUGAUCACACCCAUACCUACUGAUUCCCAAGGAUCCCGUGGGCUGGUGGAAAUAAUCGACAGUGAUCUACCCACCGUAAUCUCUCGGGGGUUCAAGACGCCCGUAGUAUCGAGUCUCCCUUAUCGAGUUGUGACCAAAAGCCAAACGUCCUGGGCAGAAGGCUGGACAGUUGAUGGACAGCAUAUUGUCGGUAUUAAUGCAAUAGAUCCAGACUCAGUAGACACAACUGACGGUCUUGGAGAGGGACCUCCCAGCAAGGUUGUCAUUUAUAAACUGCAGGCAUAG